CGUUUCCAUCCCAUCCAAACCGCGAGACGACCAUGGCCGCCACGACGAGAAGGCAAGCAGCCAAUGGCCCGUCGACAUCGACGGCGACCUUUGAAGCACCCGCGCCUUCCUCACUCUCCUCACUGUUGAGCACCUCGUCCAAUCCCGUCCACUCCCUCUUUUCCUCCUCCUCCCAACCAUUCGCAGUCGCUUCUUCCUCCUCCUCCGCCUCGUCCUCUUCAAUGAACGCAGCAUUCGAGCCAUCCAGCAAGGCACACCUGGCGAGCAAGAUCAGCAGCGAAUGGGCAGAUGCGACGAGCUUGCAUCCUGCCGUUCAGAGCCAGCAGGAGCGGGCAAAGGGAGCAGGACCAAAGCCGCCGCCGCCUGGGGGCGAGUCGGUGGGAGGCGAAUGGAUUGCGGAUGUGCAGGCGCGGCGAGCAAAUGGUAGCGUAGCCUCGUCAUCUUCAGACCCAACGGCGAGCGGUGCUCUCAUCAGACGGCCAGAAGCAGCUUCUAGGCCAGUCGGUAGCCACGACCCCUCCUCCUCCCUCUCCACGGCUCUUCAGCUCAAGCGUCGCCAGAUGGACGCCACUGCUCAGCCGGAGACGUAUCAUCCGCGAUGGAAGCUGAGCAGAGUGAUCGCUGGGCAUCUGGGCUGGGUGCGAUGCAUUGCUGUGGAUCCCAAUAAUCAGUGGUUUGCUACGGGUGCGGGCGAUCGGCUCAUCAAGAUCUGGGAUCUCGCAUCCGGCGAGCUCAAACUCACCCUCACCGGCCACAUCAGUACUGUCCGCGGAGUAGCAAUCUCAGACCGCCACCCUUACCUCUUCUCGUGCGGCGAAGACAAGAUGGUCAAGUGCUGGGACCUCGAGCAGAACAAGGUCAUCCGCCAAUACCACGGGCAUCUCUCGGGCAUCUACUCGAUGGACUUGCACCCGACGCUCGAUGUGCUGGUGACGGCAGGGCGAGAUGCGAGUGCUCGCGUGUGGGACAUGCGUACCAAGGCGCAAAUCCACGUCCUCUCCGGGCAUACAGGGACGAUUGCCUCGGUACGCUGUCAGUCCUCUGACCCGCAGGUCGUCACCGGUUCGAUGGACUCCACAGUGCGUUUGUGGGACCUGGCGGCGGGCAAGACGGCCACUACGCUCACGCAUCACAAGAAGAGCGUGCGAGCCAUUGGCGUGCAUCCGACAAAGUACAGCUUUGCGAGUGGGGCUGCGGGUGGUGGGAAUAACGUCAAGACUUGGGUCUGUCCGGAGGGGACGCUUUGGGGCAAUAUGGCUCACGAGGGGAUCGUGAACACGCUGAGCGUUAAUGCGGAUGGCGUGAUGUUCUCGGGGGCGGACAAUGGGUCGAUGAGGUUCUUCGACUACGCCUCGGGUAUUCCAUUCCAGUCGGUCGAGGACAAGCCUCAGCCCGGAUCGCUCGACGCUGAAGCGGGCAUCAUGGCAUCGACGUUUGACCGUACGGGGACGAGGUUGCUUACGGGAUGCUGUGACAAGUCGAUCAAGGUGUGGAAGGAGGCGGAGUAGGCGGUGCGGAGGCGCGGCGCGAGGAGGCAUUGAAUCGCAUCAUCAUCUCGAGA